GUACACACAGAAUCUGGUUCAGCUGUGCAUAGUAACCAGGGGCGGACUGACCAUUUGGAAACUCGGGCACUGCCCGAGGGCCCGGGGUCAGUAGGGGGCCCCAUAAGAUGCCCCUGGUACCUUUUUCAUAGGCUUUUUUUUGAGUUUGGACAAGGACACAGGGGCCCCAUGAUCCCCUAUUGCCCGGGGGCCCCAUGAGUUGUUAGUCCGCCCCUGAUAUAGGCCCCUGGCCAUUGGAAUACAU